AUGGCUGAUUUGAAUCCUGCACUUGAAGAGCAUCGAACUACAACAAAUGGUGAAUCAUUGGAUAUUGCAAAACAAAAAAAUCAGUCUGAAGACCAACCACCACCAUUUUGGUCAAUAUCGGGUCUUCGUACUCGUUGGGCUGAUGCGCAGUUUCGCAAAAUGCUGUGGAAUAUCUUUCUACUAUCAUGGUCAUGGAGUCUCGGUGAAGGUGUAUUUUUCAUUCAAAUAAGUACAACUACGCUGGCCGCCACGAACUUUGCAAAUUGGUACUUGGCGACGAUUCCAAUUGGUUUUAUGCUUUUGGUAGGCACUAUAUGGUCGGUAUUUUUGCCGCGUGUUGUGGCACGAAUUGGGUAUCGGCCACCACUUUAUUUAGGUGCCUUGAUGGGAAUGACUGGAGCAGGAAUUUGCAUUGUGGCCACGUGGUAUAGACUCUACUGGCUGUUGGUAAUUGGAGCUGGAUUUUUAGGUGGACAGGUACCAUGUACCUUAUACUAUCGUCUCGUAGCAUUGCAGUUUUCGACACCACAAUUUGCCUCGAAAGCAAUUGCAAUGGUUGUUGCUGGUGGUUGUCUUUCUGCUGUUAUCGGACCAGAGAUCGCCAAACAUACGGUCAAUGCAUUAUCAAAACCUUUUAGUGGUGCUUAUUUAACAACAUUAUGUGAGUGUACGUUACUCUUAUUUACUAUGACAAUGAUUCAAUUUACUGAGAUAAAGAAUGCUGACUACCGACCAGUAUCAACUUCUUCAACACGGACUGCAAGUGGAAUUAAUAAGAACGGUCGUUCAAUAUAUGUCAUAGCGACUCAACGAACAUUUCUCGUUGCCGCUCUUGGUGGAUUUGUAUCGUGGUCAGCAAUGGCCAUUCAAAUGUCAGCGACUCCAUUGGCAAUGACUGCUGCCGGAUACGAUUUUGUUCAAGUGACAACAGCUGUUGAGUAUCAUCUUUUGGGCAUGUUUGUACCAUCAUUUAUCAGUGGAAAUCUAUGUAGUUGGUUUGGAAGUCGAUUGAUUAUGCUCACUGGAGUCUGA